UCCUGGAUUAGCGUGAACUACAAGUUACAGCCGUGUGGCGUCAGUUUUGAUGCGUCUUUAAAAAAAACAAAGACAACGUUCCCUCUGAUUUUUACGUAGGUCACUCGUUAUCCGUCCUACAUUGUGCAGUCAAAGGCGGAGGAGGAAGGGUAGCCACGUCAACGGGAACAUACAACAGUUUAGUGUCGUUAGCCGCUCAGCACCGCAGGUAGCCGCCCGCCUCUCACCCACCGACGUCUGCAUUAGUGGGUUUUGACUUCUGUAACGCUUGUUAAGGUGAUAUUAAAAUGUACAUGUGGAGAAAACUAAGCUGCCACAACCUCAAGGUGGCGUCUCUGCUCCUGUGCGCCCUGCUCUUCGCGGGGAUAGACGUGAGGGCGCGGCCGGCCAACGUGUCCGUCGACGACAAAGACAAGGGCGCGGCCGGCAAGAACGACAACGAGAUCCUCCCGCCGGACCACUUGAACGGCGUGAAGAUGGAGCUGGACGGCCACCUCAACAGGGACUUCCACCAGGAGGUCUUUCUGGGCAAAGAGAUGGAGGAGUUUGACGAGGACUCUGAGCCGAGGCGGAACAGGAAGAAGCUUAGUGAGAUCUUCACAAAAGUGGACUUCAACAAGGACCGCAGUGUGAGCGCCACAGAGUUGCAGCGCUGGAUCAUGGAAAAGACGGAGGAGCAUUUCCAGGAGGCCAAGAAGGAGAACAAGAACAGCUUUCGUGCCGUCGAUCCAGACGGCGAUGGUCAUGUGACGUGGGAUGAAUACAGAAUCAAGUUUCUUGCCAGCAAAGGUUUUAACGAAAAGGAGAUUGCAGAGAAAAUCAAGAAAAAAGAUGAUCUGAAACUGGAUGAAGAAACUCAGGAGGUUCUGGAGAACCUGAAGGACCGCUGGUUGCAGGCCGACAACCCUCCCACCGACCAGCUGCUGAAUGAGGAGGAGUUCCUGUCCUUCCUGCACCCUGAGCACAGCAGAGGAAUGCUCAAGUACAUGGUCAAGGAGAUCGUGCGCGACUUGGACCAGGACGGCGACCAGAAGCUGACGCUGUCGGAGUUCAUCUCGCUGCCCGCGGGAACCGUGGAGAACCAGCAGGCCCAGGACAUGGACGACAGCUGGGUCCGCGAGCGGAGGAAAGAGUUUGAGAACGUCAUCGACUUGGACCGCAACGGCAUCGUCACCAUGGAAGAGCUGGAGGAGUACAUGGACCCGAUGAACGAGCACAACGCUCUGAAUGAAGCCAAGCAGAUGAUCGCUGUAGCCGACGAGAACAGGAACCACAGCCUGGAGCUGGACGAGAUCCUCAAGUACAGCGAGUACUUCACAGGCAGCAAGCUGAUGGACUAUGCCAAGAACGUCCACGAGGAAUUCUGAGCGCAGUCCAAAAAGUCUCACUUUUUUUUUUUUGUUUUGUUUUCGGUUUUUAGAGCCGACCCAAGAAUGUGUUGGUUAGCACGCUUGGUGCUUUGCAUAUGAGACUUACCCCUGAAAGAGCCUGAAAGAGCAGCUUGUGAGUGAGUGUACAGUGUAAAUAAUCCAUAAAACUCACACGCAGCAUCGCUUUUCACGUCAUUGAAGCUGGGAUCUUUUAAUUGUAGCUCCAAAACAAAAGGACUGGGGUGUAACUGCUCAUGUAUUCAUAAAAUUUGUGGGGUUUGGUCCAAGUUCUCACACAGGCACAACUGUGGGAGUGCAUCUGCAACUUCAAUGAUGAAUACUACACUGGCACCAAUAAGGAACUUUACUGCAAUUACAAUAAUCAUUCAUGCUCUUGAUGAUUUUACUGUUGCGCUUGGCUGCAUCCUUGCACUUUACAAAAAAAACGUAAACAAAUAUUAGUUUUAACAGAUUAAAGUCAGAAUAUUUUGAAAACGUCAUUCACGAUGUGAAAAUAUUGCAAUUUUUUCUAAGAACAAAGUCAGAAUAUGAGAAAUGAGUUUAAAAACGGAGCAAAUUUUACUUAUUUGCCCUAAAUGAAGCAUUUUCAAGCAUUAAAACGGCUCAAUGAAGUAAAAUCCCAAUAUACAGUAUAUAAAGCAUUCAAAGACAUUGCGAUGACAUGUAGUACUCUAAACUGGUCACUAGGUGUCAGAAAUGUACAUUCAUCAGGCAGUAGCCACUGCAGGAUGUACUGUGCCGAAGGAAAUAAAAUAAACGGGGAACUCUCCCAAUACCAACUUAUUUCUUAUUUUCUGUCUUAUUUUCGCUAAGUCUACUACAGGGUCAGGCAAAAUGAUCUUUGUAGGUUAAAUAAAAGGCAAAGUAAAGAAACAAAGCGUUUUUAUUUUCAAAAAGUACAUCUAAUGCCAUUCUGUUUCUUUAUGUUUUAAAAUUAAAUCAGUCAAAUGGGAUCCAUUACUGUCCACACACUCAAUGCAGAUCCAGUAGCUCUGUUGGUAACCAACAAGAUGGUGUUUCGAGCUGGUACGGGAUCAUGUCUACCAAGAUUGAAGUGCAAACGGAACGCUCGUUGUGUUGCAGUUAGAUUCAUUUUUUUUGAUAAAUGUUUCCACAUGAAAGCGCGAUGCUCACCAGUCCAAAUCAUGGCAGCAACUGAAAAAGAAACGAAGCAAAAUGACAUAUGGAAAAAAAUGGCUUAUGUACUUUUCGAAAAUAAAAACACUUUUUUGUUUCUUUACUUUAUUUGCCUUUUGUUUAACCUACAAAUGUGUCAGAUCAUUUUACCUGACCCUGUAUAUUGAAUAAUAGGAGUUUGAAGGUGACUGUAGGGGUGUUAUCAUGUCUUGGGGGCUCUAAACACAUUUAGCUCUUACACCGGUUGUCUAUGCUCUACAAAAAUAUUGCAUUUAAAAAGAAAAAACCCUACUUUGUGGGAAUUCACUUAUCACGCAGGGUAUGGAACCAAUGAUAAACUAAGGAUUACAGUCUUAACAUUUUAAGUAAUAAGUAGUCUUUAGAUAUACCCUCAUAUGACAAAAAGUCAUAUUUUCAUGAGUCAUUUAAUGAGGAACAGCUAAUUUUACAAAAACCCUGUCAAAUUUUAAAAGAAUAAUGUGGUAUAAGUCAUAAUUUUACUUAGUUUUAAUUGUAUAAGAUGAAAAUUGUAAUAUUGCAAUAAUGUAAUGUCAUGUAACAUAAGUUGUAAUUUGACACAAUAUGUUAGAGAAUGACCUGAUCUCAGUUCGCACUGGUUUUUGCUCUAUUUUAAAAAUCAUCAAAGCUACUGUACUCCAAAUGAUCGUAACUGUGAUGAUACACCCCUCGUCCUGAAACAAGACUUGAAGACUGACAAAUUCAUAUAUUUCUAUGAGCAGCUCGGUUUCUUAAGAUGCUGCUUUGAUGUCAAUGCACACAAAUCAAUUUAGCAGAUUUGACAAGCAUGUACAGUAAAAAGUUUUAUUCCCUUGUAGUGUUGGAACGCUUGACAGCUUUUCAUCACAACUAUUGCAGAUGCACCGCCAAAUAAAUCUUUCCAAUGAAA